AUGUUUUCAACUCUCGUUGGUCACUCCGGUCGCGAGUAUGUGCGCCAAAACUGCAAUGGCAAACUCUUCAUUCUAAAGCCUGUUUCCCUGUCAAUCUUUGAUCUCUUGCAGGAGUUCAAAGACGAGUUUGGUAAUAAUCUUCGCCUCCGAAUCCACACAGACGGCAAUGAAAAUAAAAAUGUACUUGUUUACGAGUACUUCAAAAGCGAUUUGCUUUCGUUGGUAGAGAAUUAUCCAGCCCUUCAGAUAGAGGCAAGAAAGACAAUUCUGAAAGAGCAUUGGAUACACUUAGACGUCAAGCCUAAUAAUGUUUUUCUCAAUUGGUAUUUUUUGCCCACCCUGUAUGUGGACGAAAAGGGUCAAUUCCAGCUGGAAAAGGUGGCAUUGGGUGAUAUGGACUGUGCUUUGAAACUGGAAGGCCAAAAACUCCUAAACCAAAGGAUGGGGAACGUCAUGUGGCGCAGCACGGAAGGGGAAUUAGGGAAGGGUGUUGGGAAACCUUCGGAGUGUCUCUACGUAAUCACCGGCGCCCAACGUUUUCACCCGGACUUUGAGAAACUUGAUAUUGAACCCGAGCCAAUAAUUUUGUUCAACGGGAGCGCUCUUAAAGGGCCUGUGGCAGAAGACGAAUCAAACGAAGCUUUUGAACAAUGGUCUGAGGAAAUGUUUCCCAACCUUGACAACGAGGCAAAAAGAGCAUUAAUGUCAGAUAUUAUAAUGGAUCUUUAUUGGAACUGA